AUGUCACCAGCAGCAAUCACCCAUAAUGACCUGGGGAAGAUCCCCUAUCUCCCUCUCAGAUACGACAACCAUGACUCGCAGGCUACGGCGUCGAAACUGGUUCUCACGCUGAUACCGGAAUGGGGUCAAGGCGACUCCCAGCUCGAGUUCGAACGCUUCACUGAUGGCAUCACCAACACGCUGCUGAAAGCGAUCAACCGUCGCCCAGGUCUCUCAGAGGCAGAGAUUGAUCAAGAAGCCAUUCUUCUCCGUGCCUAUGGUAACAAAACCGAUAUUCUGAUUGACCGCGAGCGCGAGGCCUCUAACCACGAGUUGCUUAUGAAGCACAAUCUGGCUCCUGAGCUGCUUGCACGGUUUGAGAAUGGAAUGCUCUACCGCUACACCGCUGGCACGCCGGCCCAGCCACAGGACCUCCAGAAGCCUCACGUUAUGACAGCUAUCGCUCGGAGACUAGCUGAAUGGCACGCUACGGUCCCUUGCCUCUAUGAUGCACCCCGAGCAAACGGGAAGGUCAACGGGCAUGGAAGCAAGCCCAGUGAGAGCGAGGCUCUCAUCGCCAAGGCGGCAUCAGGGAAACCAAUCCCCAAUCUGUGGACUACAAUGCAGAAGUGGAUUCUGGCUCUUCCAACAGAAACUCCAAAGGAGCGUGAAAGGCAAACUUUGCUACAGAAAGAAUUGAACGAGCUCAUCGAGAAACUCAGCCAAAGGCAUGAACCUGGCGACAAUGGGUUGGUGUUUGCGCACUGUGAUCUGUUAUGUGCCAACGUUAUUAUGCAUGAUCAUCAGAAUGGUGAGCCUACAGCGGUGAGCUUCAUCGAUUACGAGUACGCUACACCUUCACCUGCAGCAUUCGACGUUGCCAACCACUUUGCUGAAUGGGUUGGGUAUGAUUGUGACUACACUGCCGUGCCCACAGUCUCCCAGCGCCGUCUGUUCAUUCGAGAAUACGUCAAGGUCCACCGGGAACUUUGCGGAGAGGGAGAUAUUGACUUGGAGGAGCAGGCACGCAGAUUAGAAAAGGAGGUAGACAUCUUUCGCGGCGUACCUGGCUUUUAUUGGGGCAUUUGGUCGUGCAUACAGGCCAUGAUUUCUGAGAUCGACUUUGAUUACGCCUCCUACUCUGAGCUGCGCCUUGGCGAGUACUGGGCGUUUAAGGCGGAGGAAGACGGAAGCAGAAAAGCGGCUGGCCGAGAAAUGCCACUGAGAGAACGAACGUGGUGGCGUAACGAAUAG